AUGCGCAGCAAGCCGCUGACGCCGUCUUUCCACUGCGUAUCUAAUAGGCAUUUCAGACUCAACAUGGCCAAAGCAACUCCUGAUCCCCCCAAUCCUCUUGUUGUCCAGUCUUCCUCACUUCACCGACCAAAACUGAGUCCUUCAGGGAAUGUUUUUGAUGUUGACUAUGUCAGCAAUAAACUGGAUUUCAUAGCCAUUGGCCAAGUACAAGGUGACAAGGCUGCAGCCACCACCUGGUUGGAGAGGGACAGGAGAGACCAAGCUCUUCUAAGCACACUAGGAGAAUACCCACCACACUGCUAUGGGACACUGUGGAACCAGGGACUAGCGUGCCCAACCCACAGCAGCUACCAGCAACACCAACAUCUGGGGCGUGUCGAGGAGAGCUGUACUGAAAAACUACAGAGCACGGAGGCGCUACUGUUUCCGCCAUCUCUGAUGAUGCUUAGCAGGGGUCUAAUCAGGCCUGUGUCUGCCUCCUUCCUGAACAGGCCAGAGAAUCCAUCUAAACAGCCUUCCUACAGCAGCUCCCCACUCCAGGUGGCCGGACGGGAGUUCCAGACUAGUGUCAUGUCCUGGGACAUUGACACAGCAGCCAAGUCUGUGGGUGCUGGGGCAGCCACAGCUGGCAUGGCUGGUUCAGGGGCUGGCACUGGAACCGAGUUUGGCAGCUGGAUCAUUGGCUGUGCCAGGAACCCGUCCCUCAAGCAGCAGCUCUUCUCCUUUGCCAUUCUGGGCUUUGCCCUGUCUGAGGUCAUGGGGCUCUUCUGUUUGAGGGUCACCUUCCUCAUCUUCACCAUGUGAAGCUCCAUGAGGGUCACCUACCUGUCCCUGCUGCUGCGACUCCAUCAUGCCAUUCCUGGUGCUGGGGUGUGCUAAGCUUUACCAUUAAACACAAGAACACAUGU